AAAUUUUAAUACAAAGAUUUUAAAAAUUAAUUUUAUUUGUUUUUAAUAAAUAAACAUUUAAUAAAUAAGUAAAUAAAUAAAUAAAUAAUAGAUAAAUAAAUAAAAUAAAUAAAUAAAUUAAUUAAUUAUUCUAAUGCAUAAUUUCUUUUUAAUAACAACAUUUCAUGUACACUCUCAUACAUGCACACGCACGCAGUCCUGCACACACAGCACAAUGCAACUGUACAGUCACUCUACAUCCGGGUAUCAAAAGUCAAAGAUGCCGUACGAGGUGGACGUGGCUGCCUACAUUCUCACUUAUCUCGAGAAAUUUGAGCUCCAACGAACAAUAGAAACAUUUGUAAAUGAGAGCCCACUCUUUCGGAACACAACCCACAUUGUCAGACCGGAGAAGAGUUUGGAACAGGUGCUGGAAGAGUAUGCGUUGUAUAGGCAGACGGAGGUUGAAGUGAAGCAGCGGGGUGUGGAGGUGGUGUUGAAUGGUUUGUGUGACAGUUUGGAGACGGUUUGUAGACAAGUACGUUGCCUUACUGGAUUAUCACAAAUCAACUCUAAGCCACCUUCAGACCAACGAGCUCGCAGUCGUCAAGCCAAUCGCAACAGUCGGCUCACAAAAAGCAUGAGCCGUUCAUCGUCUCAACAAGUUGCUAAAGCUCCAGUGCAACAUGUUGACAUUGCUACUGCUGACUGUGUGGUGGAAUCGCCACCAGUCAAUCGUUCUCUUGAUGCAAAAGAUUCGAUUCAUUCUGAUUCAAUGGCGUCAACGGUGAUGGAAGCUGGGGUUGGUUCUAGUGAUGUUGAACAGGUUGAGGAUAAGGAGAAUGAAGAUGCAUCAUGUGAGGUUGUUGUAAUCGAAGAGAUGAAGACUGGGCAUUACAAGUCACCGAAACGGAAGAGCACAAAACCAAAGAGAAAAGAACAGACAGCAUCACUUUUUGUAUCAGCAAGUCCUCAUAAAGUGACUGUACAAGACUUCAGUGUUGGUGUGUUAGAGAGUGAAGCACCAACUGACAUAUCUUGCUUGUUGGACACUUUGCUGGAAACGAAGGAACUGCAGGAACGACUGGCACAGAACAUCAAUGAAGGAUUGGGAAGUGGGGGUGAUGGAUGUCUUGAUUUUGUCGCCGAAGACGACGGGAAUGCUGAGAUUGUUGGUAGUGAGACUGUGGCAAACAUCGUGGAGCGAACAGAGUCCGAUCCAGCCUUUCAUAGUUUAUUUUCAACGCUUGGUUUAGGUAUGUGCUGUUGCUUUCAGGCAUCGUAG